GGCGAUAUUGCAUCUAGACCCUGAGAGAUCUGGGGAAUAAGGGGUGCUUACAUAUGUAAUACAUACGGCUGGAUUAAUAUAUAUUAUAAUAUACAGCACACGCGAUCCCCCUCCAUUUUUAUUUAUAUGUUCUUCUGUCCAACUCCUGAGCAAAAGAUUUGUUGAAAUGCUUAAAUACCUGAAGCGCUACACAAGUGCUCUAAGACAACUUGGGUAUAAGUAGUCUGGGGAGGUAGUGAGUGCACAGACUAUGUACUUCCUACUUACAUAAAAUAGCAUCAUCGUGUUCAACUUUACGGCAGUUCUUCGGCUAGCUGACUCAGCACUUGCGAAGUGGCAGUUAAAACCACCAUGUGUACUUCGUACCUCACGGAGCGCGCCGAGGUACUUUCACCUUUCUUCACCUCAACUGACCAAUCAUAUACUUCAUACAGACCCAGCCAUCAGGAACGGGUCAAGCACAGGGUCAAGCACAGGGUCAAGCACAGGGUCAAGCACACGCGCCUUACGCUAAGCUAAAGCCCAGGUGAGAAAAAAAUACCCCGCGCAAUUUGUGAACUUCAUUACUUGCGAAAUAUAGAGCCUCAACGUUAGGUAUCAUUUCCCUACUCGCCUAAGAAUUACUCAUAGAGAACCUUAUACCUAAUCCCACAAGUGCAAGUUCAUUCCUUAUACAAUAAAGUGCCUCAUCUAUUAGUGAUCCUAUAUUCCCCCCUCUAUAAAUCCGUCAUGGCCGCCGACGAUAGCCCCACGAAGCAGAACUCGGGUCGGCCGCAGUUGUCUUCUAUGAGGACUAGUUCAUAUCUCAAAGAGCAUCAGCAGUACCGUCCUCCUAAGCAUCUGGAUAGUCAUUUCGGUAUAGACACCGUCGUCGAAGAUUUGCAAAGCCAUAGAAUUUCUCCUCCCAAAUCAUUCAGCCCCUUUAAUGGUGUGCCCUCCAAGGAUGAGCCGCCGCGUAUUGUUGAAGGCGCUAGCCACGACUUCACCCAUCCUAACUGUGCUCCGCCCAGAGGCACCAAAAUAGAUCGACUUGUCGCCACUUUGAUCUAUAAGUCUACGUCGUCACGUACUGCGGUCCCUUCUCCGAGACUUGCCUCGUCCAGCUUCGACAUUCCCACAAACCUCGCACCAACUACCAACAUUGAGUCAUUUCCUCUAGAACCUCCAGACGCCGCCGAACCCGAGCCUCUCGAUCAUCUUUAUGGCUCCUACAUAUCCCCAAUAUGUAUUACAUCUUUUCUCCAUUUGAUGUCCACCUUCCCCCUACCUCAAGGGGUUAGCGAGGCUACAUCGUCUCAUCGUUGUCUCGACGAUCGGGAGCACCCCCUCGUCGUCGAGUUGACUUUGUCCCCGGUUCCGUGCCCCAACUAUCUCCCCUUAUCAGACCUGCGGAGGCACGAGCUUAUCUACCGAUUCGAGAGGGAAUGGAACGUCGAUGUCGUAUUGCAACAUGACACACUUUGGCGGCGAUAUCCGCGUCUGGUCGUUUUCGACAUGGACAGCACUUUAAUCACGCAGGAGGUCAUUGAUCUACUCGCCGCGGCCAUCACGGAUCCUCCGGAUCUGGCCGCUAAAGUUGCCGACAUCACAAGUCGGGCCAUGCAUGGGGAGCUGGAAUUUGACGCCGCGUUCCGAGAACGAGUUGCUCUGCUCAAGGGGCUCCCAGCCACGAUAUUCGAGCAGUUGCGUCCAGCGUUAAACGUUACCAAGGGAGUCCCUGAAUUGCUGAGAGCAUUCAAGAGACUGGGCGUCAAGACUGCUGUGCUGUCUGGCGGUUUCAUCCCGUUGACUAGCUGGCUGGCUGGCGAGCUUGGAAUUGACUAUGCAUAUGCGAAUGAGGUUGUAAUCGAUGACUCUGGGCGUUUGACUGGCGAAGUCCAGGGACGCAUCGUAGGUAGAGAACGGAAACAGGAACUCCUCCUCGAGAUUGCUAAGAAGGAAGGAGUCGCACUUGAACAAGUAGUAGCAGUUGGCGACGGUGCCAAUGACUUGUUGAUGCUCGACACGGCUGGCCUGGGUGUGGCAUGGAACGCAAAGCCGAUGGUUCAGCUGGAGGCUAAUGCUCGUCUCAACAGCGAGAGCUUAGUCGAUUUGCUAUACAUAUUUGGACUUACGAGCCAAGAGGUGGAUUUGCUGACCGCGUAACCCUAUAAGAUAGGUACGUCUGCUAUAUAACUACUCUUCUACUUCGUAUACAUAUAUAGAUUUGGCCUGGCCUGGCCUGGCCUGAUGCCACCUAAAAUGCCUGGGAAAUCGGAAAGGGGGCUAGGGGACCAUUCCAUUUCAACGACUUUAUCACGAUGGAGAGAUGACCAGAAAAUUAUCAGUUCGGAUAUCCAACGGCCUUUGAACGGGACUAAGAGUAUCGUUUGUAGGAGUGAUGUAGGUUUUACUAUUAUCACAUUCGUUGAUUCCUAAGUCUAGUUCGCCAGAGAAUGCCGUAUGUAAAUGACCUAGACUAAGCUGGGAGUUACACAUAACGAAACAGAUAUAUCAAAUUCAACUAUACGUAAACAAAUUGGAAUAGUGGAGUUAACUCUUCAGCUCAACAGACGGAUUGGUGACUUUGGUGAUAAAUAAUAAUAGCUGUCCUAAUGCUUGACCUAGGUUAUGUACAGUCAAUCUAGAAAUG